AUGAACAUCCAACCUUAUUGUCCUAUUCUUGUUCCUGUUACUGUAGCAGUUACUAUCGAGACCAAUGAAACUGUGAUUCAAGAAUCUGUUUCCAAACAUGGUGUAAAAUGGAAUUUUGACAAACAUCAAGAUGUCCCUACUGGAAACUUGAAUGGUAGACAAAGAAAGCCAGCCUAUAUGUCUUUAGAGAACACUAUAACAUGCUGGUGUUGUCCGAGGCGACGCUUCUGGCCAGGUAUGCAGUUUGCAGAAGAAAAGCAAGAAGAUCGAAUGCCCAGCUAUUCUGAAGGUCGUCUGUAUGCCAUGUAG